AUUAACUAAGUGAGAAGCCAAAUGUGUUUCUGAAGACCAGUUGGAGAACACAGUGAAGCUUUAUGCAGCCAUGAAGAACAGAAAGCAGGAGACCCUUCAAUUUUUUACAGGCUGUGUCUUUUCCUUUGUUUUGACCUCAUCAGCAUGGAGUACAGGUCAGAUCAGGUUGGCAGGGCAAGGAUCAACUCGGUGCUCUGGAAGGGUUGAAGUUUUCUAUAGAGAUACCUGGGGAACGGUCUGUGAUGAUUACUGGGACAUGGCUGAUGCUAAAGUGGUUUGUCGACAGCUGGGCUGUGGUCCAGCACUCAAUGCAACAAGUUCUGCAUACUUUGGUCAAGGAGAUGAAAAAAUCUGGCUUGAUGAUGUUCUGUGCUCAGGAGUUGAAAGCUCUCUGACCAGCUGUGAACACAACGGUUAUGGGAACCACAACUGUGAUCAUAGAGAGGAUGCUGGUGUGAUCUGUUCAGGUCCGGUCAGGUUGGCUGGUCCUGGAUCAACUCGGUGCUCUGGAAGGGUUGAAGUUUACUAUAGAGAUACCUGGGGAACGGUCUGUGAUGAUGACUGGGACAUAAAUGAUGCUAAUGUAGUUUGUCGACAGAUAAGCUGUGGUCCAGCACUCAAUGCACCAAUUUCUGCAUACUUUGGUCAAGGAGUUGGACCAAUCUGGCUCGAUGAUGUUCGGUGCUCAGGAGAUGAAAGCUCUCUGACCAGCUGUGAACACAGAGGUUAUUGGACAUUCAAAUGUGAUCAUGGUGAGGAUGCUGGUGUGAUCUGUUCAGUGGACCUUUCAAAGCCCAGCAUCUCUAUAAGCUCUGCUUCGGUCACCUGGGGUCAGCAAGUCAGCAUCACUUGUUCUAUUGAAGCUGGACCUUUAAGUGGAAGAUUUAUCCUCCGACAGACUUCAGGAUCAAUUAGAAUGACUCGGCAAUCAGCUUCCAACUCUGCUACUUUCAACAUCUCUAAAGUGACUCUGGAUCAUGAUGGAGAAUUCAAGUGUCAGUUUGAGAAAAAGAGGCCAAGAUUCUCCCUCCUCAGUAACUCGGCUCGUCUUAGAGUGAGUCUGAAAGUUCCAAACAUUUCCCUGACAUCCCCAAAUGGAGGGUUGUUCUGGGGUCCAGGAGGAGCAGAGGUUACCAAGGGUUACGGCUUCUCCUUCACUUGCUCCAUUAACCCCAAAUAUCCUCUGGGAGAUUUCGCUCUCAUCUUCUCCGGCUCCAAGAUCACAGAAACCAGGCGAGCAGUCAGAAACUCAGCCUCCUUUCACUUCCCAGCAGCUGAAUUUGAACACCAGGGCAGCUACAGCUGUGUGUAUGAGGUUACUGAGGGUAGACGGAAGUUCAGUUCUGCUCAGGCAAAACCCAUUAGUCUCAUCAUCAAAUCCUCUUCACUGGUGCUGGUUUCCUCAGUCCCCAGUGGAAUCCUGCUGUUUGUCCUGCUGGUGUCUCUGGGAGUCUGUCUGGGCUGCAGGAGGAAACUUUGCUCUAAACGACUCAGACCGUCUGAACAAAACCAAAUGCCUCUCCAGCAGUUAAACACACAAGACCUCGAGAAUGAAUACGACGUCUAUCAAAAUAUGUAUCCAAUUUGCUCAAGAAAGAAGCCGGAGUUGGACAAAGAGUCAAUAAGUGAGGAUAUUUAUGUGGAACCAGAACUUCAUUAAAGACAUGUCAAUGUUGGUGUCAAGGAUUACACAUCAUCAGAAUAAAGAUCUGAAGAAGACGAAGAAAGCACCGAUGAAGAAGAUGUGUAUGUGGAUGUUGAUGCAACCUGGAAAGAUAAUGUAGUGCAAGUUUAAAAAAAAUUGAAAAUGAGUAUCGAUAGUUGAAAGCUGAGAAACCAAGACCAAAUUAUGUAGAAAACAAAUAUUUCGCUUCAAAGAAUUUUGUUCAUAUAAGAAAAUGGCUGUGCCUGGGUCCUAGUGCAGCACACAGCGCAUAACCGCAUGAUUACAUAUUCAUAUAUAUAUGCGUGCAUGUGUGUUUAUGUAUACGAAUUAUAUAUAUCAUUGUAUUGUUUUUUUCUCUGUUAAAUAACAUCACCUUUAUAAGACAAAUUACUUUUCUAGACGCCUGUAGCUUUUAUUAUUAGUACUUAGUAAGAUUACCAUUAACUUCAAAGCCAUUCCUGUUGCAAAGAUCUUUCUAUUCACAAUACGUUAUCCAGAAGAGUACCUGAUUCAAUAGAUUUCAAACCUCUGUAGAAAAUAUUGUCUCCUUCAUAGAAUCUUUGCACAUUUUGUUUCCAAACUUCAUUUUUAUAGCCCUGAAAACAUAGCUACCUAAAGUCUUCUUCCCACAGUGAAAACUUCCACACUGAAGAGAUUUUUGUGGUUUGGGUGACCUGAUUGUUUGGUUUGGCAUGAAUACUUGAUUAGAUCAAAGAAACCUAUCUGAAAAGAAAAUGGCGGCCGUGUAGUCGUGUGCCAAGUUGUGGGAGGAUGAAAAAUAUGAACAAGAUCACCUCAUUUCAAGUGAUUUAUUAAAUGAGAAAAACUAACAACAGAGGAGACAGGAAGGACUGAGUGACAUUUCAGCUGGAGAGGUGAUUACUUUAAAAAGGAGGUGGUAGAUUAGGAACUGUAAAAGAAAGCAAGUAACUGAAGCUGAGCUAGGAGAAAAUGGCUGACCAAAAAAACACAGAAUGAAGAAAACAGAAACCAAACACCAGGCUUCAUCAGAAAUAAUUAUCAUUCAAAACAAUAGAACAAAAGUAACACAGGAAGUAAAACACAUAUUUCAUGGAAAGACAAGUUUUAAAAGAAAACAAGAAAUAAGAUUGACAGAGCGAGUGAGUCGGAAUGUUGCUCCUUUUUUGUUGGUGAAUUUGAAAAAGACCUGAAAAAGAAUUUGUUUUUUCUUUUAUUAAACAUCAGAACAUUUUUGCAGUUUUCUUAAUAUAUUAUGAUAUAUUGUUAAUUCAUUUAGUUUUGCUAAAGUUAUUAAUUUAUGUCAUUCUUUGCAUAAGCUUAGACUGCGCUUAUUACUAUUUUUACUUUUUUUGGUUAUUACAUUGUAAUUGUUAAAAUGGAAAUGUUGCCAUAAUGUUUCAUGUGUUUAACUGUAAAAAGCUUGAAUUUAGUUAACUUCAUAUCAAAAUAACUGCUUGAAUCCUAAAGACAAAUUAAAUGCUGAUGUAGCCCAUCUUCUCUGUAUUUCUUUAAAAGUUAUUGUGUAUGGUCUUAGCUGUGAGAAAGGAGGGUAUACUGUAGUGGUCUGUCAUACAGCAAAGCUUUCAAAGCU